CUUAGCAUCAUCUUCAUCGUGAAGUAGAGAGGAAGUGAAAAUGGCUGAUAUUGAGGGUUCUCCAGGAAGUUCAAUGCAUGGAGUAACAGGAAGAGAGCAAACAUUUGCCUUCUCAGUUGCUUCUCCAAUUGUCCCAACUGAUACGACAGCAAAAUUUUCUAUCCCAGUUGAUUCUGAGCAUAAAGCCAAAGUUUUUAAACUUUGGUCCUUUGCUAAUCCUCACAUGAGAACUUUUCACUUAUCCUGGAUUUCCUUCUUCACUUGCUUUGUUUCUACCUUUGCAGCUGCUCCUCUUGUUCCUAUCAUCCGCGAUAAUCUCAACUUGGUUAAGUCAGAUAUAGGAAAUGCUGGAGUUGCUUCUGUUUCUGGAAGCAUCUUCUCUAGGCUUGCAAUGGGUGCGAUUUGUGACCUUCUAGGUCCAAGAUAUGGGUGUGCGUUUCUCAUAAUGUUAUCUGCCCCAACUGUGUUUUGCAUGCCUUUUGUUUCCUCAGCUGGAGGGUACAUAGCCGUCAGAUUCAUGAUCGGAUUCUCUCUUGCAACCUUUGUGUCUUGCCAGUACUGGAUGAGCACGAUGUUCAACAGCAAGAUCAUAGGGCUUGUCAAUGGAACCGCAGCCGGAUGGGGGAACAUGGGUGGUGGUGCAACUCAGUUGAUAAUGCCUUUGGUCUAUGAUGUGAUUCAGAGAGCUGGGGCAACUCCAUUUACUGCUUGGAGGAUAGCAUUUUUUGUUCCUGGAUGUCUUCAUGUGAUCAUGGGAAUCUUGGUCUUGACUCUAGGACAAGACCUGCCUGAUGGGAACCUCGGAGCCCUGCAGAAGAAGGGUGAUGUCGCCAAGGAUAAGUUCUCCAAGAUUUUGUGGUAUGCCAUCACAAAUUACAGAACUUGGAUCUUUGUCCUUCUCUAUGGCUACUCCAUGGGAGUUGAAUUAUCCACUGAUAACGUCAUUGCAGAAUAUUUCUAUGACAGGUUUAAUCUCAAGCUUCACACUGCUGGAAUAAUUGCUGCAACAUUUGGCAUGGCGAACAUUGUGGCUCGCCCCUUUGGUGGGUAUGCUUCUGAUGUAGCAGCAAGACAGUUCGGCAUGAGAGGAAGGCUAUGGGUUCUUUGGAUUCUUCAAACUCUAGGAGGUUCCUUCUGCAUCUGGCUCGGCCGUGCAAAUUCACUUCCCAUUGCUGUCCUAGCAAUGAUUCUCUUCUCUGUUGGUGCUCAAGCUGCAUGUGGAGCAACAUUCGGUAUCAUUCCCUUCAUUUCUCGACGAUCAUUGGGUAUUAUAUCAGGAUUGACUGGUGCUGGUGGAAACUUUGGUUCUGGACUGACACAGCUUAUAUUCUUUUCAACCUCAAGAUUUUCAACAGCAGCAGGCCUGUCAUGGAUGGGAGUUAUGAUUGUUGCCUGCACUCUUCCUGUUUCAUUGGUUUACUUCCCGCAAUGGGGUGGAAUGUUUUUUCCAGCUUCUAAGGAUGUCCAAAAGUCCACUGAAGAAUUCUAUUACGGAUCAGAGUGGAACGAGGAGGAAAAGCAGAAGGGUAUGCAUCAAGGAAGUCUGAAAUUUGCGGCCAACAGCCGAUCGGAACGUGGCCGGAAAGUUGCUUCUGCACCAACGCCACCGAACACUACACCAGUCCAUGUCUAAUAGUGCAGAAUGAAAGAUCAAGAAAAAUCAUCUAUAAUAAAGCAAUGUAUUUAUCAUGCAUAAGAUUCUUGUUCUUGUUUCUUGCAGUUGAAUAAGAAUCUCAAGGUAUCCAUGUAAGGAUUCUGGUGUGUCGGGCCUUCAGGCAUCUUCAAACAAAAGUAUCUAUCUGUCCUUUUUUCUAAUUUGAUCUCUGAGUUAUUGGUUUGAUUAAUAAUUAGUUUGUAAUACAGUGGAUUCUCAGUUGUUUCCUGGAUUCGAGGAGAG